AUGGGAGGAGCAUCAUUACACGCUCUGUCCACAACGCUGCCAGUCAACACAAGUGAGGACGACCUCAAUAAGGUCCGUGAGACUCUGAAUUUUUCGCAAAAGAAAAAGGACUUGAUCGCGAAAGAACAUCCUGUGUUUAGAGGAAUCCAACAUACCGCGGGGUCGGGAACAACAACAUCUUCUGUCACAGAUAUUGAUUGGGACGAAGACAAAUUGUGUCUCAACACAUCAAGCAAAGAAUUUCCGCCUGCUAUCGAAGGAGAGGAAUUGGACAAGUUCCAACUAACAGGCCCAAUCCUCUUCAUGGCUGCUACUCAUUCGAUUGAUCUGCCAAUUACUUACGCGCAGCUUGCGGACGUUAUUGUGGUUCAUUUUUGUAAUUUUGCAGGAUACUCCGCAGGAGAGUACGUUGCCGGCAAAAAGAUGUUGACCGAAGAACACAGAACUCCUUAUGUGACCAACUACACUAAAUACACAUGGCCAGGUUACAAAGAGUUUCAAUCAAAGGUUCGUGGUGAUUUUAUGAAACGACUCAAGUCAAGAGACUACGAAUGCUUUGACGACCUUUUCACAAUUUAUAAGACAUCAAGACCUGCAUCACCAAUAGAAGACUCGAUGAAACCAGGACCAUCAUCUGCACCAGAUCCGAAACCGUCAGUCCGAGACGCGCAUGAUUCAAUAUUCCCGGGCUCAUCACAACAAAGUUUACCAUGA